AGGAAGUCCCUUUCCACCCGACACAGCAUGCAGCAAGGAAAAUGACUCUAAGGGUGAAGUGAAGGCCUCGACCUCGGCUACUGGGACUGAGGGAAGUUCGAAGCUAAGGAACGAAGACGGUGCUUCUUCUUCAAGAAAUAGGCUGAGGACGGGAGAAUCCCUUACCGUAGGCGGGCCACCGCAGCACUACCUCCAGACCACGCCCUCGGCAUCACGUGACCCACAGGCUCUUCUCUUAGAUCCCCGGAUGUGGGUGAACCCAUUUGCUCGCGCGGAGGGGAAGCCAGGAAGAAGACAUUGUUUCAAUCAAAAGUGAAGAGCCAGUGGGCGGAACGAACGUACCGACGCCCAGGCUGGACGUAAAGUUGGCGGCGACGCACGUGCGCGCCUCCGGCCCGAGGUAACGGCGGGAAGGCUCGGGCCAGCUUUCUGCGGCUCAGUAACCGCUUGUGCGCACCGAAGACCAGCGACCGGCGGGCGAGCCCUGACUACAGUAAUGAGUUGGUGGCCUAGCAACCUCCAAAGUUGCCAGAGCAAAGGGGAUUUGGUGAUGGAGGCUUUGUUGGAAGGAAUACAAAAUCGGGGACAUGGUGGGGUAUUUUUGACAUCCUGUGAAGCAGAACUACAAGAGCUCAUGAAACAGAUUGACAUAAUGGUGGCUCAUAAAAAAUCUGAAUGGGAAGGGCAGACACAUGCUCUGGAAACUUGCUUAGACAUCCGUGAACAGGAACUUAAGACUCUCAGGAGUCAGUUGGAUAUGAAACAAAAAGAGGUUGGAAUGUUGCAGCAGCGGUUAGAAGAACAUGAAAAAAUCAAGCAAGAGAUGGCCAUGGAGUAUAAGCAAGAGUUAAAGAAACUACAUGAAGAAUUAGGCAGAUUGAAGAGAAGCUACGAGAAGCUGCAGAAAAAACAAAUAAGGGAAUUCAGAGGAAAUACCAAAAAUCUCAGGGAGGAUCGGACUGAGAUUGAGAGGUUAACUGGAAAAAUAGAGGAAUUUCGUCAGAAAUCACUGGACUGGGAGAAGCAGCGCUUGAUUUAUCAGCAACAGGUAUCUUCUCUAGAGGCGCAAAGGAAGGCUCUGGCUGAACAAUCAGAGAUAAUUCAGGCUCAGCUUAGCAAUCGGAAACAGAAAUUAGAGUCUGUGGAGCUGUCCAGCCAAUCAGAAAUUCAGCACCUGAGCAGUAAACUUGAGCGAGCCAAGGACACUAUAUGUGCCAAUGAGUUGGAAAUAGAGCGCCUUAACAUGAGAGUUAAUGACUUGGUUGGAACCAAUAUGACUAUUCUGCAGGAGCAGCGACAAAGAGAAGAAAAACUGAGGGAAUCUGAAAAACUACUAGAGGCUCUACAGGACGAAAAGAGAGAAUUGAAGGCAAAUCUUCAGUCUCAAGAAAAUUUCAUCCGUGAGGCAAAAAUGCAAAAGGAGAGGUUACAAGCAAAAUUAAAAGCAACUGGCACUCAACACACACCAAAUAGGCCUCUGGAGGAGUCCCAGGCAGAAAAGAAGUACACCUCUCAAAGGCAAGGAGACUUAGACAGUGUGCUCUCCCAGCUGGAUUUCACCCAUACAAGUGAAGAACUUCUGCAGGCAGAGGUGACUCGUCUUGAAGGCAGUUUGGAAUCUGUGAGUGCAACAUGUAAACAGCUGAGCCAGGAGCUAAUGGAAAAAUAUGAAGAAUUAAAGAAGAUGGAAGGACAUAACAAUGAGUACAGGGCAGAGAUUAAGAAGUUGAAAGAACAGAUUUUACAGGCUGACCAAAGUUAUAGCUCUGCACUAGAAGGAAUGAAGAUAGAAAUCUCUCAGCUAACUCGGGAGUUACAUCAGCGAGAUAUCACCAUUGCCUCUGCCAAGUGUUCUUCCUCAGACAUGGAAAAACAACUCAAAGCAGAGAUGCAAAAGGCAGAAGAAAAAGCAAUGGAGCACAAGGAGAUUUUGAAUCAGAUGGAAUCAUUAAAAUUAGAAAAUCAUCAUCUUUCUGAAAUGGUGAUGAAAUUGGAAUUGGGUUUACAUGAGGCAAAAGAGAUUUCACUAACAGACCUUCAGGAGAAUUAUAUAGAGGCAUUAAAUAAAUUAGUGUCUGAAAAUCAACAACUACAGAAAGAUUUGAUGGAUACCAAAUCUCAACUGGAGAUCGCUACUCAGAUGUGCAAAAAAAAAAAUGACAGUAUCUUUAAGCCGACACACUGCAGAACAACUGAGUUCAAGAAUACAGAGUUUAAGCCAGCCCAUGGCCAGCACAGACCUGAUGGAAUAAAGACCGAGCACUACAAAACAGGUUUCCACCCUCUGAGAGGACAAGCAUCAGAUGGUGCAGACCCCAUGGCAAGGGUCCUCACCCCCAUGAGUCCUCAAGUCAGCCCCUGCAGCUCUGCAGUCUCUUUGCCUUCUUACUUUCUGUGUCAGGCUAACUCUUCAGUGCUAGAUACGAAUAAUGCCAAUUUUUCUGACACUACGUUUGACAGUAUGAAUGACCAAGAGGAAUGUGUAUCUUCGUGUUCUGUACCUGUCUCCCCCCUGGGUUCCAUAGCUACCAGGUUUUUGGAAGAGGAGGAACUGAGGUCUCAUCAUAUUCUGGAGCGCCUGGAUGCCCACAUCGAAGAGUUAAAAAGAGAGAGUGAAAAGACAGUGAGACAGUUCACAGCCCGAAUGUAGCCACUUCCAAGAUCACAAACUUGGAAGUAAAAGGAAACACCGAAGCGUUACUCUCAUCUGAAGGAGCAGUUUAAAAACAUGAGCAUUAUCAAGAUGAUGCUUACUAAAGCAGUGGUAAAGAAACCCCGCAAAAUUGGUGCUUCUCUUAGACAUUUUUACUGUACUGUUUGUUUGAAGAACUUCUAGCAGUAACUGAGAAUAAAUCACUUUGCAGACUUUCUGUCAUAUGAAUAUUUAUUAUCAUAAAGUGAUAUUUUCUCUCACUGACUUAAAUGUGAAUAGCUAUGCAUUAAUUAAAAUAAAGAUUUCAAGAUACAUUUUGAAAAUAAAGUAGCUCGAGGAAUUUCCCUUAAGGGAAGUGUGUAGUGGAAGCAUGGUUUUGAUUUGAAUAUGAGGUGUCCCCAAAACUCAUGAGAUGCCAUAGCAGAAGGGGAAAUGCUUAGAUUAAGAGAGCUAUAAUCAGUGGGCUGAUCUAUCAGAUAGAUCAAUAAUUUGGAAGGAAAAAAGACCAGUCUUCUCUAUUUCACAGCAAAAAAUAAUAGUAAUUGGAAGGACAACUGUAUUGGGUGGUAUAUGUUGGUAGGUGGGACAUGACUGGGAGAAGACCAGUGAGGAAUGUGUAUUUGGGGCUUAUAUUUGUCCCUGGCCCCUCCACCAUGACUAUUCUCUCUCUGCUUCAACACCAUGAUGUUCUGCCUCUCCUUAGGCCCAGGGCAAUGAAGUCAGCCAACCAUGGAAUGAACUCUGAAACCUUGAGUUGAAAUGAACUUUUCCUCCUCUAUUCUUGCCAGGUAUUUUGGUCACAGUGGUGAAAAGCUGACUAACACAUAUUGGUUCCUGACUCACUGGAUCUGGAUCAGUGGAUCACUUUGCCAUUUUUUACAGAAUAUGGCUGGAAAUAUGUGAAAGGAGCAUACCAAAGACCCUGGCAAUGAGCAUGCUUGCUCCACCCUGAAACAGAACAGAGGUUGAGGCAGGGGCAGGAACUGGCUUUAGUGUGUGCAGCCCCCGGGGGCAUCCAGUGGGAAUGUUCAGGAGAGAGGUUCAGGUGGGAGUCAGAGGUCUGGAUGUCAUCACACAUGGGAGCAUCUGAAGCCACCAAGGAGGGCAGGGAGAGAGGAGAGCAGGGCACAGGCAAGGGCCCCUAAAGGAGGCCAGCAGUUGAGGGUCACAGGAACUUCCUCCAGCAGAGGACCUAGAAGAUGCAGUUGGGGAAGAGAUGGGAAAGUGUGGUGCCCUUGCCAGCAUAAGGGCCUGGCUCCUGCCAUUCCUCCCUCUGCGGUUCCAUCAGCAUGCAAUCCUGUUGUGUUUCCUCCCUUAAAAACAAACCGAAAACCGCCAUUCCGUGUACUACUCCAUAGAUUUGCUCUUCUUGGAAACGUUUCUGGAGAGAGCCAUCUGCAGUGACUGUCAAGUUCUUCACCUUCAUUCUCUCCUCAACCUUCUUCAGCCCAUAUCCAUGCCAACCAUGGUACCUUCCUACCCUUCAGGUCACCGGUGACCUAAUGAGUCUGAGUGUCAUUCAACACAGUGGUCUCUCUUGGCUUCUGUGACCUGGUGUUCCUACCCCUUUACCUCCCUGACCACUCCCAUCUUCCCUCGCUUUGCCUUUUCUAUCCUGAAUGUCAGAGGACCCCCUAGGGCUCUGAUAGGGCUUUUCUCACUAUACUCUUCUAUAGAUUUUCCAUUUUAUUCCAAGUUUUUAAUACCAUCUGCAGGCCAGUGACCCCUACAUUCAUAGGUAACCUUGGUCUCUCCCCAGAGCUGCCUUCACAGCUACCUAGCUGCUUAUGAAAUAUCUUCUCUUUCAUGUCUGACAGCACCAUAUAUUUACGUCUUACACAAAGAACUCUGGACACUCCCUCUUGCUAAAAUUCUACCUGAGAACAUAGCCUCAAGUUUUCCAGUUCCUAGAAGUUAUCCAUAAUUCCUUCCUUACCCACAUCUCUGUAUCCAGUCUGUCAGGAGCUCCUGUUGACUGUCUCUAAAUGUACCUCAGAUCCCACCAUUUCCCUCUCCAUUGUCUUGACCCUGACCCAAACUUCUCCCCACCUCUUGCCUAUGUUCUGGCAGAAGCCUCCCAACUGGUAUUGCUGCAGUACCUGACACCAGUCAUUCAUUCUCCCCAGAUCCCCCAGAGCUAUCCUUUAGGAAUGUAAAUGGAGCAAUGUCACUGCUACCUACCUGGAAACCCUUCCAAGGCUUCUUUGGACUCAGAAUAAAAUCCAAAUUAAGGCCUACAGGGUCUCAGUGAACUGGACCUGCGUUUAUCAUUCACUGUAUCCUCCUUCACACUGGCCCGUUUCUUCAGAGCAGCAAGCUUCAGUAUGUUCAGGUCUUCACCUGGAAACCCUCUCUCUCUCCACACCCAUGGCUGGCAUUUUCUUCCUCUAAGGUCUGUGAGCUAACAUCCCCUCUUGAGCAAACCUUCCCUGACUGCUGCUUCCCAAACCUGCUUCUCCUGUUCUUUAGCUAGCUGCCCUGUUACUUCACGUAAGCUCCUUGAGGGCAGGGUCUUUGCCUGUCUGGUGUGAUCCUCCUCCCCUGCACAGCCCGGCACUCGAGGGAGGCGAAUAUUCUCCCUCAGGUGCUUCCUACUGCUUCCUUCAUGCUGUUGAGCAUGUGGUCCUUUGGUCUGCCUCUCCCCACACCUUGUCACCUCACCCCCACAACACCCUGUUCACUUGGCUCCUUUAUCUUGUUUGGCAAAGCUUUGCCGUAUCCCUGGCCAGAGGCAGGGAGAGUUUCUCUAUCUUGCUCUCAUGCCUUGUGUAGGCUCCUCUCAAAGCUCCGGCCAUACCGCACUGUCCUCAGCUUCUCUCUCUCAGGGCUUGUUUAACUUGCUGGCUGACAAUAAUAGAUGUGAGGCAAAUGAUGCAUGAAAAUUGCUACCGUUCUGGGCUUCAUUGUACUUACCUGCAAAAUGGGAAUAAUAGCUAAUGGGGUUGAGGGUUUACUGAAAAUAUAUUUCUGAAAGGGCUUUGCAGCCUCUGAAAGUACUGUACCUGUGUGGAUUGGUCUGAGGGGAUUUCUUAUGUUCAGACCAUUCCAAGCUUCAGCUUAAAAUCUGUACGGUAUAAUCUCUACUUCUCAAGUUUUCACACAAUGUCUUAACUAGAGAAGUAAUGGUGGACUCCAGAGCUGCUAGAAAUACUUAAAACAUGAGGCACUAUGUAUUUCCUUACAUUUGUACUGUGCUUUUUAAAGUCGUUAAUUGAUUAUCUAAUUUGUCAGAACACUUUAUUGUAAUUUAAUCUCUCAUCUUCAUUUUUCAAAAUGAUUUGCCAAAUAUUAAAA